CAAGCGGUUCGCUGUUCGCACCAGCAGCCACCUCUCUCUCUCCAGGCCGAGUCGCAGCGCCGCCGCCCAUGGCCGCCGCCGCCACCGGAACAGGGGGCCAGACCCUCGGCCGGAGCAGCUUCUCGCGCGCCGCCUCAUCGAAGACCGCCUCCUCCUCCUCCUCCCCCACCGCCUCCGGCGUCAAGCUCGGCCCCAACGGCGCCGCCUUCGUCUCCUCCGGCAUCCCCGACCUCGACAGGAUCCUGGGCGGCGGUUUUCUCCUCGGCUCGGUCGUGAUGGUCAUGGAGGACUCCGACGCGCCGCACCACCUCCUCCUGCUCCGGGCCUUCAUGGCGCAGGGCGUCGUGCACAAGCAGCCCCUGCUCUUCGCCGCGCCUAUGAAAGAGCCCCGCUCGUUCCUCGGCGCGCUGCCUGCUCCGGUGGCGUCCUCGAAGGAGGAUGCCCGGCAGAGGGCGAUGGCGGGCGGAGCAGCUGGCGACGGACGGGCAAGCGAUGAGGGUUUGAGGAUAGCUUGGCAGUACAGGAAGUACUUUGGGGACGAGAGGAAUUCCGGUGCUGAACACAGAGACAGCAAGCAGGAAUUUAGCCAUGAUUUUGAUUUACGGAAGCCCCUGGAACGGCAUUUACUUAAUGCACAGCAUAUUGAAUGUUUGAGCACUCAAGAUGUGGAUACUCUCCAUGAUCUCCAGGAUCGCUGUUCUGCUUUCUUAUCCAAACAUCAAAGAAAAGAGGGUGGGAAUCUGAGUGCAGGACGUAUUGCUAUACAGUCACUCUGUGCACCACAGUGUGGAUAUUUUGGGAAGGACUGGGACAUGGUCUCGUUUCUCAGAUCACUGAAGGCCAUGGUGCACUCAUCUAACGCGGUUGCCAUUAUAACAUUUCCACACACAGUCCUAUCAGAUUCUUUCUGCAAGAGAUGGCAGCACCUAGCAGACACGCUGCUGUCAAUAAAAGCAAUCCCAGAUGAGGACAAGGACUUGGCGAAACUCCUCACAGGGUAUCAGGAUAUGGUUGGUUUUCUACAUGUUCAUAAGGUGGCACAGACCAACAGCCAGGUUCCUGUGAUAUUAGAGGCGUCCACAUUUUCUCUGAAGCUGCGAAAGAGGAGGUCGCUGGUGCUAGAACGGCUGAAUCAGGCCCCGGUGGACGGGUCGAGCGGGCCCUCGUCUGGUGGAUCAGGCAGUUGCUCGUCCUCGACGCAAGGCUCGCAGCUCGACUUCUAGUGGGAGUCCUGGAGCUUCCCUUCGAGAAUAGAAGGAAGCAUCCACUGUUCUUCAGCUUAUUAUAGGAUACUGGAAACAGAAAGUAGCUGAGAAAGGCUCCUAGUUGCUGUGUGUAUUUGUUACUGAAAAUGCAACUUUUAGAGGUUUUGUUUUGGUUUUGCAAUGGAGGCAGCUUAGCCUAUCCAUUCCCAUCUCAUGUAUCGUUCAGUUUUUGGUGUAUACAACUUUCAGCAUACAUACCUGUAUUCUGAAAGGUUUAGAUUGUACUACCAUGAUAUAUACUGGUGAUAACAGAUUACCAGGGUUCUGUGUU